UCGUCGCGCGAGUCGGAUGCAAAAAAAUCGGAAAGCUAUCGGAUGCUUAAGUGCUGCAGGUUCUGAGAUUGUCUGGAAACUGGAAACAUCUCAGCGUGAAACGGUUCCUUUGGAUCAUAAAGAUUAAGCAGUUAAGAUUCGGAACCGAAUUAUAACAGUGCGCCACGUGUGAUUGCAUUCCGAAGCAAGUGCUGGGCAUCGUGCGAAAAAAAUAGCCGAAGUGAUUAAUUUGCGAAUAAGGAAAACAUCAAGUUGUGCAAACAUCAGUUACCUAAUUUGAAAUACGCAGAAUCAUGUGAAGAUAGUGUUUUUUUUCGUUGAAGUAAUCCACUAAUUCACAUGUUGGAUGAAUGCUGCAAUGUGAAAAAAGUUAGUGCUAUUGAACAAUGCAAAUGCUAGUGAAAAUAAAUUGUGUUUAGUUUCAAUCGAACUUUUGUUAUUAAUUAAAGCUAUCUCAAAGAUUAGUUCCCUAGUUACGUUAAUAGAAACAACCAAUAAAACACCAAAAAAUGACGAACAAAGACUAUCCUCAAUGCAACGGAUCGCAGAUAUCGUUGAAUCUCAAAAAUGGCAUCAACAACGACGCAAUGUCUGUGUCCAGUUACAAGGGCUCGAAGGACGUACUGAACGCGAAAUUCGACAAACCACCGGAAAAAGCUAGCCCCGGAAUCACUAACACUAAACCCGUCUCGUACUUCAAAUUGUUUCGAUUCGCCACAUGGGGAGAAAUAAGUGCCACGAUUCUGGGAGUGAUAUUGGCCUCGUUCGCGUCGCUGGGGCUUCCCUACGGCGUUAUCCUAUAUGGCGAAUACACGACGCUGUUGGUGGAUCGUACCAUCCGGAUAGGAAAAUCAACUGACACAUCUAUUCUGUCGAUGUUCGGAGGAGGGCAUGUGCUGGUCAAUGCCAGUGUGGAAGAAAACCGUCUAGCCAUCAUGCAGGAUGCCAAAGCGUUUGGGUUGGGUGUUCUUUUCGUGUCGCUUAUACAGUUUCUGGCAGCCGCACUUAGCGUAGAUAUGAUCAACCGAUCGGCAAAUCGGCAGAUCAGCAGGAUACGAAAGCUAUUCCUACGAGCGGUCCUGCGGCAGGAUAUGACCUGGUACGAUUUGAACAGUGAUGAUAAUUUUGCUGUGAGAAUUACCGAUGAUCUUGAUAAGCUGAAGGAAGGUAUUGGCGAGAAACUCUCCAUAUUUACGUACUUAGUAAUGUCCUUUACCAUAUCUGUGAUAUUUUCGUUCUUUUACGGAUGGAAGCUAACACUAGUUAUUCUAAGUUGUGCACCGAUUAUUAUUUUAGCCACCGCAAUAGUUGCAAAGAUGCAAAGUACAUUAACUGAGAAGGAGUUGAAGGCGUAUUCUUCGGCAGGAACCGUCGCAGAAGAAGUUUUAGGUAGCAUUCGUACUGUAGUUGCGUUUGGAGGGGAACGCAAAGAACUGGACCGAUACCGUAAUCGACUAAGCUCUGCAGAGAGCAAUGGUCGCAAAAAAGGUCUGUUUUCUGGUAUUGGAGGAGGUAUUAUGUGGUUUAUUAUAUACUGCUGCUAUGCACUUGCAUUCUGGUAUGGAAUCAGUUUGAUCCUGGAAGAUCGAGGAAAAGACGUGAAGGACUACACACCGGCCGUGUUGAUUAUAGUAUUGUUCGGAGUCCUGGCAGGAGCUCAAAAUUUAGGACUAUCGUCUCCUCAUUUGGAAGCCUUCUCCACCGCGAAGGGUUCGGCAUCAUCGAUUUAUUCAGUCAUCGAUAGGAUACCUACCAUCGAUUCUAUGGGUGAAGGUGGCCUAAGACCUCAAUCUAUAGUUGGAAAUAUAACGUUUAAAAGUGUUCACUUCCGAUAUCCGGCCAGAAGUGAUGUACAGGUUUUACAAGGAUUAAAUCUGACGAUUGAAGCUGGGAAAACUGUUGCGUUGGUAGGACCAUCGGGAUGUGGAAAAUCCACGUGUCUCCAGUUGAUUCAGAGGCUGUAUGAUCCGUUGAAUGGUACCGUCACUAUUGAUGGUACAAAAAUCAAUGAUCUUAACAUCACAUGGCUUCGGUCAUUUAUCGGAGUGGUCGGUCAAGAACCUGUCCUAUUCGCCACCAGUAUCGCCGAAAAUAUACGCUACGGCAACCCGGAAGCAACUCAAAGUGAGGUUGAAAAUGCUGCUCGAAUAGCAAACUGUCAUAGUUUUAUUACCAAGCUUCCAAACGGUUAUCACACUCUUAUCGGAGAGCGCGGUGCCCAACUUUCUGGAGGUCAAAAGCAACGCAUUGCCAUAGCUCGAGCAUUGGUUCGCAAUCCUAAAAUUCUCCUAUUGGAUGAAGCCACUUCAGCUCUCGAUCCGAACUCAGAACGACGUGUUCAGGAUGCUCUUGAGAAGGCCAGCCUUGGACGAACCACAUUGGUUGUGUCCCAUCGAUUGUCAACCAUAACCAAUGCAGAUAAGAUCGUUUACAUCGACAAAGGGGUGGUAGCCGAACAGGGGACCCACGAGGAACUCAUGGCUAAGAAGGGCCAUUAUUAUAAUUUGGUGAUUGCAAGUGGAACACAGAAAAAGCAAGAAGACGAGUUGGAAGCCAUCAAAGGAACAAAUUCAGUAGGUCCGAAGAGUGAAACAACGGAUGAUGAUGCAUUUUCAGAUGAUGAAUCUGAAUCGAAUAAAUCAGCGGAAGCAGUUAUGGACAAUAAGGAGGAUGUCUAUCCGGUAUCUGUUUUUCGGUUAUUGAAGCUAAACUCUCCGGAAUGGCCUUACAUUUUGUUCGGUUGUGGUGCAGCCAUGGUUGUAGGAGCAUCGUUUCCACUAUUUGCUGUAUUGUUCGGUGAGAUGUAUGGUAUUUUAUCGGUAGCAGAACCAGAAUAUGUCAAAGAAGAAUCCAACUUCUACUCAAUACUGUUCCUGGUGCUUGGAUUGGUCACCGGACUGGGGACCUUCUUCCAAACAUUCUUGUUCAAUAUAGCAGGAGUGAGACUGACCUCUCGUCUACGGCAGAAAACUUUUAGGGCAAUCAUCAGUCAGGAAAUGGCAUGGUUCGACGACGCGAAUAACGCAGUUGGUGCACUUUGUGCCCGUCUUUCCGGUGACUGUGCCAGCGUUCAAGGGGCCACGGGCACUCGCAUUGGAUCCUUACUGCAGGCUGCUUCUACGAUAUGCAUUGGCGUGGGAAUUUCCUUCUACUAUUCAUGGAACUUGACGCUGGUAUCGGUGGUGGCCAUUCCUAUAGUCUUGGGCUCAAUUAUGUUAGAAUCAUGGUACACGGAGUCCAGUGGUCUAAAAGAAAAGCAGUCUUUGGAGAGCGCAAUUAAACUAGCUGUAGAGGCUAUUUCGAACAUUCGAACGGUUGCUAGUUUAGGUCAAGAACCUUAUGUUUUAGAACGAUAUUACAAAGAAAUCGCCAAGGUGGAUGAAGCUUGCAAGAAAAAAACACGACUGAGAGGAGUUGUGUUUGCUCUGGGACAGAUAAUGCCUUUCAUGGGAUACGGUUUGGCACUUUUCUAUGGUGGAAAACUGGUUUCGGAAGCUGAACUGGAAUACAAAGAUGUCAUUAAAGUGUCGGAAGCAUUGAUUUUUGGGGCAUGGAUGCUUGGACAGGCUUUGGCGUAUGCUCCGAACGUUAAUUCUGCAAUGCUGUCUGCAGGACGUCUCAUGAAAUUACUUGAUCGCACACCAAAAAUGCACAAUCCCUCAAGUUCCUACUUAUCAACUGUUGAUAAUCACGAAGGUAAUAUCAAAUAUACAGAUGUAGAAUUCCGUUAUCCAACACGACCAACAAUUCCUAUUCUGCAAGGACUUAAUCUUGAAAUCAAGAAAGGAAAUACGGUUGCUCUAGUUGGACCAUCAGGUUGUGGUAAAUCAACUUGCAUCCAGUUACUGCUUCGUUACUACGACCCUGACAGUGGCAAAGUUGACAUUGAUGGUGUUACAACGACGGAUUUCCAACUUGGUCGUAUUCGCUCCCAAAUGGGCCUUGUAUCGCAAGAGCCUGUUCUGUUUGACCGUACAAUAGCAGAAAACAUUGCAUAUGGAGAUAACACCCGUGAAAUCAGCAUGCCGGAGAUUAUCGAAGCAUCCAAAAUGGCCAACAUUCACGAGUUCAUCGUAAACCUCCCGAAAGGCUACGACACUAGUUUGGGAAGUAAAGGAGCACAGCUGUCUGGCGGUCAGAAGCAACGCAUCGCUAUUGCUCGUGCUUUGGUGAGAAACCCGCGAAUCCUUCUGCUAGACGAGGCAACGUCAGCUCUGGAUAAUCAAAGCGAAAAAAUAGUCCAGAAUGCAUUAGACCACGCUCGAAAAGGUCGAACUUGCAUCAUCAUUGCCCAUCGAUUGACUACCAUCCAGAAUGCGGAUCUGAUCUGUGUCAUCCAGAGUGGAGUGGUCGUUGAGUCCGGCACUCACGAGGAACUUAUGGCACAGAAUAAGAUUUACGCAAAGCUUUACGCCAUGCAGCAAGUGGCCUAGAAGUGCACUUAAGCCAAACGUUCGUUCAGUAUUUAUUGCUAUUGUUAAUCCAAUAUCUCGUUUAGAAGAUGAAAUCAGAAGACUUAACGUGCCGUACGGGUGUAUGUUUUAUGUACAUCCGAUCAACUAAAACUAGCAACAAGCUGAUGAAAUCUCGGAACUAGCUUCAAGCAAAGAUGUAGUUUGUGCGUUAGAUUUAGAUUAGUUGUGAUAUUUUCCAAACGCCUCUUUAGUAAUUAACACUUAACAUAUGUAUGUGAAGAAAGCUUCCAUAACCAGGUCGAAACUUUUCAUAUCAGAAUAAUCAAUAGUUUUUCAAUACAGAUCAUUAUAAACGCAACCACAUAUGAGCCAUAGAUGCGUAUUUCUCUAAGACAUGUUUUAAAUACAUAAUAAGCAGUAAAAACUAUGAACCUGAAAAUGUAAAAACGAAAAACUUCAAAAUUGGCGCUCAAAUAGGUAAUUACACUUUACAGAUUAAGAUCUUUCCAACAUAUGGUGUCUAUUAUUGCAUGGUCUAUAAUUGGCUACCUUCAAAUAGAACACCUUCUCGUCACAAAUAACGUCGAUGAACAAUAUCAAACACUAGCUUUCCAAUCAUAGCACAUACAGCUCUACUCAAGAAUCAGCAAAGUGAUGAAUUUAUUAAUCUUGAUUGUCUGUCAACUCGCUAUCGUUAUGAUAUAUUUAUAUGUAGAUAAAGAAUAAAUUUUUUAUUAUUUAAUUAUUAA